AUUUAUGGUUAGGAGAGUUAAGAUGAAGUGGGGCCCAUUAAUUAAGCCCAUGCACUAAUUAAGCCCAUGCACUAGUCGACGUAGGCUAUGGGUGUUUAGGGUUUUUGGGUGUAAAAAGGGAGAUGUGUGAUCAGCUGCUGUACAUCAUCAGAUUCUCUCUUCUCAGUAAAAUCAGUAGCCUGAAGAGCGUUCAAAGCUCUUCCGUGGAUUAGUCCUGGAUCACAUCCAGGGAUACCACGUAAACUCCGGUGUCUGUGUUUGAUUGCUUUCUGUUAUCGUUAUAAUUCUGUGGUCAGUCAAUUUAUGGCCGAGCCUUGUGUAGAUCAUUUGGCUGCAGUACACAGAAUUUUGAGAUACCUGCAAGGAACUAAGGAGCUCGGUAUUAUGUUUCCGUCGGCUGGUAGUCCCACUCUCCGUGCUUAUUCUGAUUCUGAUUUUGCUGGUUGUAUUGAUACCCGACGAUCUACUUCUGGAUGGUGUGUUCAGUUUGGUGACGCCUUUAUCUCCUGGCGUUGCAAGAAGCAGGAUAAAGUUUCUAAAUCCUCCACUGAAGCAGAAUAUCGUGCUAUGUCUGAGGUUGGGUCAGAGGUUGUUUGGCUGCGCCGGCUCUUGUCUGAUUUCGGCAUCUCCUGUCCUCUGCCUAUGGACCUGUACGUCGACAAUACAAGUGCUAUCCGCAUUGCCGAAAAUCCGGUACUUCACGAUCGCACGAAACAUAUUGAGAUCCACGUCCAUUACAUUCGUGAUCUUGUUCGUGAAGGUACUCUCCGCUUACAUCACCUUCAGACCGAAGAGCAGGUUGCAGAUCUAUUCACAAAGGCUUUUUCCACCAGUCGUCAUUGGUUUCUUGGGAACAAAUUGAUGCUUCGAGAUCGGCAUCAAUUUGGGGGAGGAUGUUAAGCAUAUGUAAUCUCUUAGGCUACGAUUUAUGGUUAGGAGAGUUAAGAUGAAGUGGGGCCCAUUAAUUAAGCCCAUGCACUAAUUAAGCCCAUGCACUAGUCGACGUAGGCUAUGGGUGUUUAGGGUUUUCGGGUGUAAAAAGGGAGAUGUGUGAUCAGCUGCUGUACAUCAUCAGAUUCUCUCUUCUCAGUAAAAUCAGUAGCCUGAAGAGCGUUCAAAGCUCUUCCGUGGAUUAGUCCUGGAUCACAUCCAGGGAUACCACGUAAACUCCGGUGUCUGUGUUUGAUUGCUUUCUGUUAUCGUUAUAAUUCUGUUUCCGUCUUUGUUAACACGACCAUCGUUGCAGACAUGCUAAUGAGUAAUAUCAAUCAGAGUCAGAGUACCUAUUUCCGAGACUACGUCCCUCCAAAGAGCCAGGUAAUAAGUUAGUUAAAAAAUAAGGAUAAAUGAAAAUAAGUCAAGUCGUUGUUAAUGCAUAAGUCAUGCGUGCCAUGUCUUCAUCACGUUUACCAUCCGAAUAUAUUGUAGCCUAUAAUUCCGCCGAAGCUGCGGUGACGACUUAUUCUAUAUAUAAUUGAUUAAUUGUGACAAAUUCUGUAGUCGGUUCUAAAAUAAUUCCUUACGACACGAAGCCAUGAAAACUAUAUUCUCAAUGACCUAACCUCACUUUAUUAUUGAUCGAAGACUCGCAAUGGGUUGGGUUGGGCGGGUUUUGUCAAACCCAAAUACAAACUCAAACUCAUCGGUUUAUCCGCAAAAAAAUCCGGGAUAAAACCCGUUGGGUUUGAAAAACUCAAACCCAACCCGUUGGAUAUUCGCAGGUUCAUGGGUAUCCGUGGAUUUUUGUGGUAAAAAAUUUACAAUAACAAGUUUCUUUCAAAAUAAAAAUUGAACACAAUUUUCUCAUAAAAAUUAUUCAUACAAACAAUACCAAUCUAGAGCAUACAAGCAAACCGCAAAUGAUAAAUACAAAUUGUUCAAAAUUAAAGAUAAACAUCUAUUAACAACAUGAUUAAUUUAAAACUUCUUCCUCCUUGUUAAACUUCUUCACUCUCCACUCCAUGAUAUCAACUUCUUUCUAAACAAUUAGAAAGAACAUAUUGUACAUGUCUCCACAAACAUAAAAAAAUAUUAGGUUUAAUGCAGUUUUCAAAACCAGAUAAGAUUUUGAAUAGAAACAAUACUUAUUUACCGUUGAAAUAAUAGAAUAAAUACUUAGUUGUAAAGUCUCUGUUCCCUCGACAACACAUCAUAGGCAGCAAUUGUGAGGCUUCUCUGGGGACAGCUGUGGUGAAGUUUAGUCCUGAGUCUUCAUGUGGUGUUGUAGGCAAACUGUUAUGGAUGGCGAUGGAUAGUGAGCUUUGGAGGGAGCGAUGUCGAAGGCUUUAUGCAGGGAAAUUCCUCACAGCAGAUCAAUUCUGUGAGAAACUUCAGAAAUCAGUCCACCUCACCAGAAUGACUUGUGCAAAGGUUGGGGUUGCUGCUGCUUUACAUCUAGCAGAAGGUUUAAUGUUUGUCUAGUUUGUUAUAUGUUAUCUGAGUUGUAUUAGCUUUGUGGUUGGAAAACUUUGGAUGCAUUGACUCUCGGUUUGUGAAUUGGUGCCAGUUAGGGACUUUGUCCCUUUCUUGAUGAAUAAGAAACCUCAUUCAUAAAAAAUAAUCGUAACCUAUUGGAAUAGAAGACAUAUAUAGGUGGCUAUAUCAGUGCAAUAAUUUUUUUGGAUGCAUUAUAUAUAUGGUGCCUUUUGUACGUACAUUUGAUAAAAUCUAGGGUAAGACAUAUAGCUUUUGCAGAAGCAGAUUUUGGUUGGAGCUUUUUGAGAAGCAUUUUUCAAAAAAAAAAAAGCAGUUGAAUAUUUGGUUGGAACACUAUUAUAAUUGUUUUUCAAUAAGAGGUUAUUUAAAAUUACUAUAAAGGAUUUAUAAUAUAAAAUAUGAAUAGAAAGCAGAAACAAUAAAAGUAGUCAAAAUUG